ACAAAAUUGUCGUUUGGACUCCAUUUAUUUACAUCAGUCCACUGAAAACUUAUAUUAUAUAUAUUAUUAUGGACGGUAUGUUUACCUUACACAAUUGCCGGGUGACGGUGAAUACUCCCGUCACCCGGAGCAAGCAGCCGAGCGCCGUCGGCGGCUCUGCAAAAAGAUGUUACAACUGUCGAAAGUACGGCCACAUGGCUCGCGACUGCAAGAAGCCCAAAAAUCCGGCCGGUCGGUCACCACCCCGGGAGCGGCGGCGUCGGCGGGACCACCACUCGCCAACGGCACCACCUAGGCGAGACAAACCGGCGGCGUCGGCACCACCAGGGGAGCGGCGGCGGAAGUCGGCACCACCACGUGACAGGUGGUGGAAGUCGGCACCGCCCCGCGAUCGGCGGCACGAUGCGGCACCGUCCCGCGAUCGGCAUCACGAUCGGCGACACGAUGCGGCACCGUCCCGCGAUCGGCGACGCGAUCGGCGACACGAUGCGGCACCGUCCCGCGAUCGGCGACAGGACUCGGCCCCGCGCCGGCAGCGGGGCUCGAGCUCCUUGUCGACGGUGGCGGGCCAUUUGGCCUCCAUGCAUGUGGACGUAAGUAAUAUAUAA